CACCUAUUGUUCCUUGAAAAUUUUGAGUGUUUUUUCCAUCGUCAAUAAUGGCCAAAUUACCGUCAGAAAAAAUCGAUAAUAUAUUAUUUCAAGAUUAUUUUAAAUCUAUCGAUCAAGAAUUUCUUCAAUCCGUUGUUUCAGUUUUCACAAUAACAACAACUGAUGAUACAAACCAUAAAAUAGAAUUUCUAUUGAUGACUAAAAAUGCUACUUAUGCAUAUGGCGAAGAAAUAUGUUCAUGGUUAUCGUUGAAACAUGAUCCAAAACUUGCACAACAGAUAUCAUUUCUGAAUGAAAUGCAAAUUGUUCAGGUGGAUUCUGGCCAAAAAUUUAUUGCCGUAUUAACUAAUGAUGGCCGAGUGUAUCUAGCCAGUAGUAGUUCUACUUGGAAUACAAACAAAACCUUGAGGUUGAUCUCUACUAGUAAUGAUGAAUUCAAAAUGAUUUCUUGUGGAUGGUCUCAUAUUUUAUUGUUACGAAAAGAUGGUGCUCUUUUUGCAAUGGGGGAUAAUGAAUAUGGCCAAAUAACGGGUAAUUCUUCAUCAUAUAUAACUAUGGUUAACACAGGCCUAGAAAAUGUUAUGCUUAUGGCUUGUGGAGGGUACCAUAGUCUUGCAACAACUAAUACGGGAAAAGUUUAUUCUUGGGGCAACAAUGGAUCUGGUGAAUUAGGUUCUGGUGAUGAUACGAAACGAAACACCCCAACCCUUGUUGUAUUUCCUUAUGAUUUGAUCAAUAGUCGAAUUAAAAAUAUUGCUGCCGGCUAUAAUUAUUCCUUAUUCUUAUUUAAAAAUGGACAGCUUUGGUCCAGUUGUGAUGACAGAGGAGACGGUGAUUCUGUGAAUCGAUCAAGACUAACAAUUAUACCUAUUGAAAAAGUACAAAAAGUAGCAUGUUCGAUUGUUUUUGGUUUUUCAUUAGCUUAUGAUGGAUCAUCAUAUUAUGCCUGGGGUAGAACCAAGAAUGGCGAUUGGAUAUCACCUACAAAAUUGGAUGAUCAACCGGCAUCAUUUGCAGCUGCAUCGGAAAUGAUACUAAAAUCACCAAUCACAUUUGGUCUUACACCAAUAACCUAUUUAUUCGGAUCACAAUCAAUAUCUCACAAAUCAAUCAUCCGAUUAUUUGACAAUCCAGAUAAUUAUGAUGUCGAAUUUAUUAUUGGUAAAAAACGUAUACUGGCAUCUAAAUGUUAUUUGAAAAUGGCAUCGCAAUAUUUUAAUCGAAUGUUUUCUGGCGAUUGGAGUGAAAAUAAUCUGGUAACCAUCAAUGCUUAUGAUUAUAAUACAUACUAUACCUAUCUCCGUAUGUUGCACUAUGACUGCAUUAAAAUUGAUAAACAAAACAUUGCCCAACUUAUUGAUAUAGCCAAUUGUUAUUGUGAUCAACGAUUAAUAGGAUAUUGUAAAACAUUCAUACGAUAUGAUCUCAAUGAACAAACAAUAAGCACAUAUCUUCCAUUAAUUAUCAAGUAUGAACUGAAUGAUGUGCACGAUAAACUUAUCCAGAUUACUAUUGAUCAAGUUUUGCCGAAUCUUACUGACAUUUUUCUUAAAGACGACAAAAAUUCUAUUGUUAAAUUUCUUCAAUGGUUUUGCAAUCAACAAUAAUAUUCUUGUGGAUGAAUCCUGAUUACUGUUUUUGCUUUGAUUAUCCAUUUUUUUCUGCCAAAAAUUAAUCACAAAAUGUAAAAUAUU